AUGGCGUCGAAGACUGUUCCUACGACAAUCAGAAGUGUUUUUCUUACAUCUAGAAUCAGGCUUGCAGCUAGUGCAAGACGAUCUACCACCCCUUUCGACAGACUCUGUCAUCGAGCAGCAAUACCUACUAUUACUUCGUCUCAGAAUAACCACCGACCUCUACUCUACCGGCAUCAAAAGCAGCAGCGAAAUACCCUUGGUAAAGCUUCUGAAGCGCGAAGAACUAUUUUUAUUCAAACCCAGACUACGCCUAACGCCGAUGCAUUGAAGUUUCUGCCCAAUCAUCCAGUCCUACCUCCAAGCUUCCCAUCAACCUUCGUGGAAUAUACUUCUCCCCGAUCGACGCUUGCGCCGCCUCAUCCAUCACCGCUUGCGGCCAGAUUGCUCUCCGUUGAUGGAGUAUCGUCAAUUUUCUAUGGCGCCGACUUCAUCACCGUCACAAAAGCAGCCGACUCCAACUGGGCUCACAUAAAGCCAGAGGUGUUCAGUUUGAUCACGGAAGCUGUGACCUCAGGGGAGCAGAUGGUUAAUAUUGUGGAGAAGAACACUGCCGAGAAUGGGCAAGAUGCUGGAGGGGACACGCUCAGCGCCAGCGAUGAGGAUAGUGAAGUUGUAUCAAUGAUCAAAGAGCUCCUCGAAACUCGAAUCAGACCAGCUAUUCAAGAAGAUGGUGGAGAUAUUGAAUAUCGUGGCUUCGAAGAUGGAAUGGUGAUGCUGAAACUUAGAGGGGCAUGCCGAACCUGUGAUUCGAGCACCGUCACUUUAAAGAACGGCAUUGAGAACAUGCUAAUGCACUACAUUGAGGAAGUUAAAGGCGUUAAUCAAGUACUUGACCAGGAAGAAGAGAUUGCGUUGAAGGAGUUUGCCAAGUUUGAAGAGAAGCUACGACAACAGAAAGGUCCUGAUGCUGUGGCCUCGACGGUGGGAAAGGGGAGUCUUGACAGAGCUGAAGUAUGA